UCAGGGCAGAUGGCAUGGGAAAAGUUUUUUCCCCCUGAUUUACAAAAAUCAGAUUAAUAUAAUGUUUUACUAAUUUCUCAAGAUUGUUUUUCAGGGACAAGUUGUUAUUAAAUACUUUCAUAUGUUUGUGUUUGUUUCCCAAAAGCUAAAUCAAAGCCUGCCAUGAAGAUGGGUAAUAAAGCCAGAGCACCUAAACAGGCAUUGAGAAUAAAGCACACUGGACUCAUCUUGAGGCCAACACAAAAUGCUUGUAUCAAGCAGGAAAACUUAACAAAACCAAGGAGUGAAUCAAGUUUAUCAAUGACAAAAGGUGAAAAACUGCAAGUUAAUAAACACUCCUCACAUGAAGCCACAGCUAAAAGUUACUCUUUGAUUUUCCAAAGAGAUAAGACAAACAGAUAUCCUGAUUCAGAGGAUCCUAGUAUUGUGAAAAAAACUAAACACAAACCUCAAGCCCCACAUGUAUCAGCUGAAGACUUAAAAAGUUUGGUGUGUUUAACACAAGCACAGCUUCAACAGAUUUUGAUGAUUGUUAAAGAAGGAAGAAGCAUCUCUGAGGCUCAUAAUGAAAAGCAAGAGGAAAUGGCUACUAAUGAGGCAUCAGAGGAAAAUGUUCUAGCAUCACUCCAGAAAGAUUGUGAAGUGUCCCCAGUUCCACAUGAAGCAAACUCUGAUUCAGGCAGGAAACAAGAAGCACAUCCACAGCCAGGACAGAAUGUUAUAAAGGAUUCAUGGAAACCUGCUGACUUGUUUAGUACCUUGGGUGAAAGAGAAGGGGAAAAAGCCUUAUUGGAACUUAAAAAGGCCCAAUGGAAGAAGGAAUUAGAUGAACAGGUAGCACUGAAGAAGAAGCUGAAAGAAACUCUGGAGGGUGAGGUGGGUUAUUUCUGGGCAAACCUUGGCAGUAAGAAAACCCCUAAAAUGGAAACACCUGACCCAGACCAGACAGUGCUUCCAGCUGACUCAGUUCAUGGCACUGAGAACUCUGCCUGUACAGCUGCUUUAGCCACAGAGGCUGAUGGAGCUGCACUGAAUGUUCCAAGAGCUCCAGCUGGGCAGUCUUCUGAUUCCACUCCUUCUGACUUCCCAGCUGGCACUUGCACAGCCUUGCCUUUCAGGGAAGCUAUGCCACAGGAGCGACCUUUUAGUGCUCUGAAACAUGAGCAACAGAAGAAGUGGCUUGAAGAGUUGGACAAGCAGAAGGAAGAAGCUAAAUUACGAAAAUUAGAAGAAAAACUUAAUUUAUCAAAGGCAGAAGAGCAUGACAGAUGGGAAAUGCAUUUUGAUUCUUUUAAGAACCACUUCAAUGCUAAUGCACAACACCCCUUAAAUGGAAUGCACAGAAAGCCUGAAAGUCUUUCCUUGUCACCUGACCCCAAGGACCCGACUGCUUUCAUUCACCAUUUGUCCCCUGCAGCUUUAGGAAACCUUAUGCCCUUACAGAUGGGAACUGCAGAAAAAGCUGCUAAAAAUGGUGCUUUGGAACAAAGUCAGAGAGUCAGUUUCCUCCGUUCCAUGACGGCUCUGCUGGACCCUGCCCAGCUUGAGGAGAGGGACAGGAGGCGGCAGAAGCAGCUGGAACAUCAGAAAGCAAUAAUGGCUCAGGUGGAAGAAAAACGGAAGCAGAAACAACUGGAGGAAGAGCAGAGAAAAUGGGAAGAGCAACAGGAAGAGCUGCGCCUGGCCCGAGAAAAAGCACAACUGCAGAAACAGUUUGAAGAAGAAAUGCUAAAACAAAAACAAAAGGAGGAACUUGCAACUCUUAAAGCCAAAGAGCUUUAUCAGACAAUGGAGAAAGCUCAGGAAUUGGCCCAGGGAUCAAAACAAGACCAGCACAUUCCAGCCUUGGCUCAGAAGGCACAUGACAUUUCAGAACUUCAGAACAGUCUUGGUGGUGGUGAUGCAGAGUUUGACAACUGUAAUUCUGGCAUUUCAGCACCAAGUCCUGAUUUCCCUGCAGGUGUGGAGAGCCCCCCUGGGCUGCAGGGCUCCCCUCGGAAGGACACGGCCGUGCAGACAGAUUGCUUUAAUACUUCAGCAUACACAGAGUCAGCUGAGGAAAGAACUGCAUGUUGUGAAUCGCCUGAUAUUUCCAUAGAAUAUAAAGAAAUGUCUAACAGCAAAAAAUACCAGAAGGAAAUGCAUUAUAUGGAUAAAAAUAAACUUCCAGGAAAAGGGACUGGUGGUAUUUACAGUGAUCUAUAUGAGCAGUAUGCAAGAAAAGAAAGGCACAUUAAAUCUUCAGAAAAAUACAGCAAAAGACCUGACUGGAACAUAAACAAGCCUGGGAAAAGAUACAUUCCAGCCACAGAAAGGUACCCCAAAGCUCUGCAGAGACAGAGGGAGGAGAACAAGGUGCGCCGGCAAAUGGAGCUGCUGCAGCUGCUGGAAAGGAACAGCCCCGGGCAGCUGAGUGUGAGGAGGGGAGGGCACUCGGCCAGGUCUGCCUCACCCCGGGAAGAGACAGCUGGGAAGAGGAAGGGCCACAGAGGCAGAAAGGAAGAAAAAUUUCAUAAGAAUCACUUGAAUGAAGAAAGAUCUGAAUCACCACCUGUUCCAGCAGUUAGGAACAGAUUACUGCAAGCACAACAAAGGCAGAUGCAGGCUCCUCACGUCCCGGUGUCCGAGGAGCGGGGUGGAAGGGAGCAGGACGCCCGGGCAGCCCCGCAGCACAGCAGCUGCCCCGCCGCCCCCUGCAGCCCGCCCUGGGCGCGCUUCGUGCCCUACGUGCGCACCCGGGAGGUUUUCUGCCUGCCCCCGGAGGCACCGCCGAGCCGGCCCUCGACUCACCACACCCACGAUUCUUACCAAAUGCCACGACAGAUUUUUAGCUCAGAUCAUGUUAGAGAUCCUCUUCUAAAUCCUGAUGCAGUUACAAUCAGAGAGAGACAACAAGAAAUUCUCAAAGGAUUGUCAAAAUUACGGCAGCUUUGAAGCAUUUUGGCUUCUGAUCCAAAGGAAUCUCCUCCACAGCAGGUACUGCAAAGUAAAGAGACCUUUACUGGUGCCAGGGGCAUGCAGGGGUCAGCACACCCAUCUGCUCAUCCCAACAUUAUUCAUUUCACACCAGCUUUUAUACAAACCUGACACCAAUCCCUGCCACUUACUUACCUUGGAGUCCCAGAUUGGGGCUUGGGACCUUACAUAACUUGUGGUUUUCUUAUCUUCACCUUACAAAUACAAUACACCAUUCCAAUCUAACACAAACAACUACAUCUUCCUUUAUGACACAGAGAUCUGCAUGUCAGACUCUUGGGCCACCUCUGCCUAUUUCACUGAUUACACUUUAGCUCCAUAUCUGUUCUAGCAGAACCUGUGACCUUACAUCUUCAGUUUUCUGCUGGUACUUGGGGAGUUUUCCACUGGUUAUCACUUUCAGCUGGUCCUUGUUUGGGAAGCAGUUGCAGUUACCACUCCUAGCACAGGGUAGGUCCCUCCUUGGGAAGCAGUUACAGUUUGCAGGAGCCCCUCAGCCCCUCACCUUGCUGAGACAAGUCCAUGUUCUGUAUUUCACUUCACUUACCAGUGGCAUUUUGUUGAAGAGUGAAGCCAGAUCCAAGGUACAGCUUGAUCCCUGUGCUUGCUGAGGCUACAAAACCCUGGUUGUGUAAACAGGUUAAAGUUGGCAAGCUCAGAGAAGCCAUGUGAACUUACAUUCAGUUUUGCAGUGGCUAAAAAGUAACAGGUUAGUCUUUCAGUGGAUCUUGGUUCUGCAAGAGAGGUAACUUAAAACAUGUGGAGUUCCUUUUUGAAUACCCUGCCAGCUGCAGAAGGCAUUUAGGACACGAGCUGUUCCAUUUCAGUACACCUUGUAUACCAAAGCAUUGUACUCCUCCUGAUGUACAGAUGACACCUGUUUUGCUUCAGUUAUUUCCCUGAGAAAGCAGGAAUAGUGCAGGAUUUUGUCUGAUACACAAAAAGCUGAGUUUUCUGUUUCAGAAGAUUGUCUAGUCUUGCUCUUCUGCAUUUCUAUAUACAUAUAUAGAGUGGCUGUAUAGUUUCAGACUAUAUCCAUACCUGUGUUUACAACGUAUUUAGCCAUUAUUUUGUUUGGGGAAAUUCACAUAAUAGUCACAUAAUUUCAACCAGUCUUUAGUCUUUGAACUCCCCACUGAGGCAGUGGUGAAUGCAGCUGGGCUGGUGCAGAGCCCGGCGGGACUGGCUGACCCAGGGAAAGAGGAGGGAGGGUGAGUCUGUCUCUGCAUUUGCUGCAAGACAGCAAAUCUCUUCCUGUGCCUCAGGUCACAGCAGGUAUAGGAGCUAGCAACAGACUCUUUGCUCACUGAAAUCAAAAGUCAGUGGAUAAGCUGAGCAAAGUGAAUUAUUUGUGAAAAAGAAGGGACAAAGUUUAAGGAAGAGGACUCACCCUCGGGUCAGUGCCACCAGAGCACCCCAUUGUUCCUGAGGCAGCAGCUGUGCCAAGGGCUGCAGGUGACAAUGGCUGGGUGGGGACACACCCCACGGCUCUCUGGGGAGGUAUUUUCCAUUGCUGAGCCCCUGCCCAGUACCUGAGCAACCCUUGUGACAAACACUCAGCUGCCAGCUCUCAGGGUUAUUUGUUCCUCAGCUCUUGGUUUAUUUAGGGCAGUUUAUUUUAUAACUUGGUUUUGUGACAUGCUUAUAAAUGCAAAAAAUGCUCUGCAAAAAUACUAAUUAUUGACACAGAGACUGAAAACAGUGACCCAUUAAUAGAAAUAAGCAGAUCCUGUUGAUUAAUUAGAAAGCAAUUCAUCAAGUGAUUGAAAGUAGGCAGCUGCUGCCUUAGAAGGAGCCAAAGUGAAGCCCUGCAGGCUGCUUUGCUGCCUUUCCUUUGGUACCACCAGGAAUCUGUGCCUCAAUUACUGCAGGAGCUGCUGCCUUGCAUUAGGUCUGUACUGAGCUGUGCCAGCAGCCUGUAACUCUUGUCUUUGAGAAGGGCCUUGGAACUCCUGAGAAAAAUAAUUACCUUUUCUUUUUUAAAAAAACAAACUUCUGUGGUAUCAAAAUAUUUCUGACAAGUCUAAAAUAGAUGGAGGGCAAGGAGCCAGAUGUAUCAAUAUAUAUGAUCCUGUUAAUUACAGUAAAAAAACCUAAUUUAUUCAUAUACUUGUUAUAGUUCUAUCAUGUAUGACCUGACAGACAGGGAUACAUUUCCAGGAGGGUUUUUUGUGACAGAGUUGCUCCAUCAUCAGUACUUACAAGAACCAUUGACACAGCACGAAUCUUGAACCUUUUGGCAGUUCUCUGUGUCUCCUGAAAUGUCAGACACUGCUCUGGUUCCAGUGGCCCUGCUGCCCUUGCUCUGAAGGGAAUUGUUUGUGUUAAGGCUGAAAGCCAAUGCCCAUCAGGGUUUUGGGUUCUGCUUCAUUCAGGAAUUCACUACAAUACUGCAAAUGCAGAGACAGUGCACAAAGGGAUGAGAAAGUUCCAUUUCAUACAGUGGGAAAGUCCUUUUUUCCUCUGCAUGGUCAUCCCUGGAAACUGGCCUGGCUUCCACUCCAGUCACACAUCAAGGGCUGCUGUACAAGUUCCCUCUUCUCUGAGGCUUUACUGUUUUUUCUGAACUUAAAAACCAUUAGGCACUAACAAGGAAAUUGUUUCAUAGUUAAAAACAAUGAUGCUACAUUUGUUGCAAUCAUAUUAUUGUAGUUCAUAUUUCUCAAGUCCCAUACUGUUGUUACCUUAUAUUCCCAAAGUUCAUACCUUCUCACUGGUUUUCCACAAAGCUGUUCCUCUCUGCAGCACAGUUCUCCGUGUCUUCUGAGGGGCUCCUCCUAGGCUCUCCACCCACCCCUGUUUAUUCCAGUUACCUUCACGAGCUACAGCUGCUGGACUGCACAGCUGUGGCUCAUCUGGAGUAACUGGGACCCACACAGAUCUCACCAUACAUAGCUCUUACCAGGGACUCUCUCCAUAACAACACGUGUAUUCAGGCCCCCACGUACACUGGUUCAGGCUGCAUGAGAAGACAGAACAGUGACAUUUGUAUUUA